GCGGACGCGUCGAGGCCGCCACCUCUGCUAUUAGUGCGUUUAGUGGCCAGCGACCUCGCUGUCUCCUCCGUCAUCUGAACCGCCAGCGCCUCCCUGUACGGCAUAUAUCAUGGGGAAAUCACAGAGCAAGCUAUCCCCCGAGCAGCUCAGCGAUCUCCAGAAGCACACGUAUUUCGAUAAGCGGGAGCUGCAGCAAUGGUAUAAGGGCUUUCUCAAGGACUGUCCUUCUGGCCAGCUAGACAAGGCCGAGUUUGGCCGAAUAUACAAGCAGUUCUUCCCCUUCGGCGACCCUGGCGAGUUCGCGGACUACGUGUUCAACGUCUUCGACGAGAACAAGAAUGGAACAAUUGACUUCAAGGAGUUCAUUUGCGCCCUGAGCGUCACAAGCAGGGGGAGGCUGGACGAGAAGCUCAAGUGGGCAUUUCAACUCUAUGACAUAGACGGAGAUGGGUUCAUCACCUACGAUGAGAUGCUCAAGAUCGUCCAGUCGAUUUACAAGAUGACGGGACAAAUGGUGAAGCUGCCUGUGGAUGAGGACACACCGGAAAAGCGGGUGGAUAAAAUAUUCAGAAACAUGGACCGUGAUAAGGACGCCAAGUUGACCUACGAUGAGUUCGUCGAGGGCAGUAAGCAAGACCCUACAAUUGUCCAGGCAUUGUCACUAUACGACGGGCUUGUAUAAGGCUAUGCCCGGUGCAUGUCCCUUGCAUGCCGCCAAGCUGCCGCACUGCCACGGGCACCUGUAGUCAUACACGACACAUCUGCCCUCACGACGCGUUACGGACACAUCUUGCUCUUUGGACGCACAAAUGUUGUAGGAACAGGCUGUAUUUGGCUCUCACAUAGACGAUAAUGUAUACUUAAUGGUUCACGGGGCUGUCGAGUGGUAGAAGAAAAUA